UGCGGGGAGUUUUGCCAUUUGUGGCUCUUUGCUGACAACCUGACUGACCGGCAGGAAAGCGGGCACCAUUUACAGACGCGCCUAAUUGAGUAUAAACGCCAAAGCAACGAAAAAUUAUGAUAAUUAAAAAAGUUUGAGCCAAAUUAAAAGAGUUGAGUAGAAAUUUGUUUUUAUGUGCAUUACAAAUGGCACUCGGAGCGCUUGUGAACGCAACCAGCUCGACGGCAGGCGGCGCGACAAUUGCGAUUCACGCGUCGAACGGGCGAGAUUGUCGAGAUCCAAAGCGCGCGCUCGCUUACCAACGCCAAGAUCACUUGGGUGACAACAACAGCAAUAAAGUUACUUACUUUUUUCACACAAUGAACAUAACAGAAAACAGUUAAGAAAUUCCAGCGCAAAGUAAAGCGAAAACUAUAAAUAAUAACAAGCGUGAGCAAAAGAAAACAAAAAGGCAACAAAUAUUUGAGAAACAAGAUCGUCAGCGCGACGCAUCAACGUUUCGAAAUCAUAUUUUGGGUGACAGUGCAUGCGUAGAGCCCGCGAUCUCUGAGUGUAGUUGGCCAAUAAGUGUAUAAGUGAAAUCAGCAGACGCCGUUAGUGCCGCAGAGUUUGUGUUUAAAAAUAAAUUUCGUUUUAGUUUUUAUUAUUUUUUCGUUUGCAAACUGAAAACGCCAAAGUUUUUAAGUAAAAUGGUGGAGACGGCAAAAAUAACGACUUUUACGCGUACGACCACCGCCGUGCCAGCGCCUGCCUCAGCACCGGCAGCUGCAACGACGCCAGCAACCGCGCCCGUCACGCCAGCCUCCGUUACGCCGACGCCGGCAGCAACAACGGCGGCGGCGACGGCGGCCAGAAAUGCGCAACGCAACGAUGAGACCGCGCGUGGCAUCUACAAUCUGAAGGUGAUCGUUUUCUUCUUGCUGUUGCCGCUGAUCCUGUUUGCCGUGUUUCUGAAGCAUUUGCUCGACUACCUGUUUGGGCUGGGCGAGAAGCCGAAGGAUGUGCGCGGCAAAGUCGCUGUGGUGACCGGUGCAGGUAAUGGCCUUGGCCGGGAAAUAGCCAUUGAGUUGGCCCGAAAGGGUUGCAAAUUGGCCAUUGUGGAUGUGAAUUCGAAAGGCUGCCUCGAAACAGUUGACCUCAUUACCAAAAUACCCGGUGCCGUGGCCAAAUCGUAUAAGACAGAUGUCUCGUCGCCGCGUGAGUUACAGUUGAUGGCGGUGAAAGUCGAGAAAGAGUUGGGUCCUGUUGAAAUAUUAGUCAACAAUGCCUCGUUGAUGCCUAUGACCUCCACACCACAUUUGACCAAUGACGAAAUUGAAACCAUACUGACGGUCAAUUUGGGCUCGUAUAUUAUGACCGUUAAGGAGUUUCUACCGAAAAUGGUGGCACGUAAAUCGGGACAUGUUGUAGCUGUGGCAGCUUUAGCAGGUUUAGUACCGCUGCCCGGUGCUGGCAUUUACACCGCCACGAAGUAUGGCAUUUUGGGCUUUAUGGAGGCGUUGCGCGGCGAAUUGCGUCUCUCCGACUGCGACUACAUACGCACCACCGUGGCAAAUGCCUAUCUAAUGAAGACUAGUGGCGAUCUGCCCUUACUCAGCGAUGCGGGCAUAAUGGCCAGUUAUCCGGGCUUGCCGACACCUUACGUCGCCGAGAAGAUCGUGCGCGGUGUCCUCUACAAUGAGCGCAUGGUCUACGUGCCGAAAAUAUUCGCGCUCACCGUGUGGCUGCUCAGAUUGUUGCCCACUAAAUGGCAGGAUUACAUGUUGCUGCGUUUCUACCACUUCGACGUGCGCAGCGCCCAUCUUUUCUACUGGAAAUAAGUACACGGCGAUCCACGGUCCAGCAUAUCCACAAACAUACAUACAUACAGACAAACAUGUGUGCCUCUCCACCCGAAAGUGUAGCCGUGUGUGUUCAAGUUGGAGUCCGCGAAGUUUGUUGGCUUGUAGAGUGUGUGUUCCAGUCCCGCAGGCAGCGCGGCGCGUCUCGAAAUCCUUAGAAGCAUAUGCCAUAUACUUAUAUGUAUGUAUGUAUUGUCUUGCUCCUCCUCCUCCCAGUUUGCGGUCACACUUUAUUGCAUUAACGGCGCUGCUGCUGCACACAUGUAUGCAUUUAGCUUCUUCUUUCACAUUUACAUUGUGAAGCCUUAAUUUGAUUAUCACAUUUUGUAUUGAAAACUUUAAUUGUUUUUUUGUUUUUUUCUUUCUUUAAUUGUAUUUCAAUUCUUUUGUGUUUGCGUUAAGCCUUACACUUUUAUAUUGUUAGUGUAUUAAAUAAAUAUUUAGCAUAAGAGUACAAUGUUAGUCAUAUCUACUAAAUAAAUAUAUACUUAUAUUAACACU